AUGUACAAGGCCGUCAUCCUGCCGACGCUACUGUGCGGAGCGGAGACCUGGACGGUGUACACGAGGCAGGCACGUCGACUAAACCACUUCCACCUCAGCUGUCUCCGCCGCGUACUGAGGCUGAACUGGCAGGACCGCAUCCCCGACACCGAAGUGCUGGAACGGACGGGAAUUCUGAGCAUCUACUCCAUUUUGAGACAAAUGCAGCUGCGCUUGAGCGGCCAUCUGGUACGCAUGGACGACGAGCGACUACCCAAACGACUCUUCUACGGAGACGUCGCGACGGGUUCUCGUCGUCAAGGAGGCCAAAUUCGCCGUUACAAAGAUACUCUGAAGUCCUCCCUGAAGCGCCUGCACAUCAACCCGACCAACUGGGAAGAGCUCGCCCGCGAUCGUCCGACAUGGAGGAGAACAGUGAAGGCGGGCGCUGCUAUCUACGAAGCCAACCGCAUCGCCGCCGACAAAGUGAAACGCGAAGUCCGCAAAUCACAGCUUCGCCCAAUACGCAACGCCGCCGCACAACCUCUCCCUACGUGUCCUCGAUGUCAACGGACAUUCCGGGCACGAAUCGGACUUGUUGGACAUCUUCGAACCAACUGCACCUCUCGAACUGCUCCAGCCAUCGUCCCCGCGCCAGCCUCUUCCUCGUCCUCUCUUCCGCCAACUAACUCUGACACUCCUUCUGCACCACCACUUCCAUCCUCCUCCUUCUCCUCCACUGCCCCAGCGGUGGCCGUUCAGGCUGCCGUCUCACACAUCGCCAACCACGACACAGCAACCGCAACCACCCCCACCUGCCCUCACUGCGACCGCACCUUCACCUCACACAACAGCCUGGUCGGUCACUUGCGAAUCCAUCGCACAGAGGCUGGUGAACCAGUGCCUGGAGCACCAACCUACACCCACCGCACUCGCCUCCACUGCCCACAAUGCCCUCGCACCUUCCGGCAUCGCAUGGGCCUAUUCGGCCACAUGCGCAUCCACGAGAGCGGAAUUGACCGCAGCCUUGACACACCCACCCCGCCGAGCCCCACUCCCAAUCCAUCACCUUGUGCACCCACUAACCACUCCCUAGCCGACAUCGACGCCACCGACCUUACCACCCCUCACUCCCCCCCUUCCUCCUCCACUUCCUCCUUCACUGCCACAACGACGGCCACUCCGGCGUCUGUAGCGCACGACUGUACCACAGCCGCACCUGACACAACAACAGGCACAACCUCUGCAACCUCCAUCAACAGAUGUGAGGGCCCGGACUACAUCUGCCCUCACUGCGAUCGCACCUUCACUUCACGCGUCGACCUGGUCGGUCACUUGCGAAUCCAUCGCACAGAGUCUGGCGAACCAGUGCCUGGAGCACCAACCUACACUCACCGCACUCGCCUCCACUGCCCACACUGCCCUCGCACCUUCACGCAUCGCAUGGGUCUAUUCGGCCACAUGCGCAUCCACGAGAGCGGCAUUGACCGCAAUUCCGAUACAGCCACGACAUCCAACACGCCCAGACCCAUCCUCGCCCCACCGUCACACGCGCCGACCACCACCACCGCCACCACUGCUUCCUCUACAGCUGACACCGACACCGCCGACCUCUCAUGCCCACAUUGUCCACGCACCUUCACCUCAUGCAUCGGCCUGGUCGGUCACUUGCGAAUCCAUCGCACAGAGACUGGCGAACCAGUGCCUGGAGCACCAACCUACACCCACCGCACUCGCCUCCACUGCCCACACUGCCCUCGAACUUUCAGGCAUCGCAUGGGUUUAUUCGGCCACAUGCGCAUCCACAACGACCUGCGGUAG